AUGAAUAUACACUUAAUUCUGGAUGAUCCAGCUGGCAACAGUUAUCUACAGGUUCGUUGCUAGUAAUUGUAUGUAGAGUAUACGUAUGUAGUGAAUGGGUUCGUAUCGUGCCAGUUCGGGCUACGUUGGACCUUCGCAAAGUCCUUCGUCUUUGUUCCCGUAAUCAGCAACGAAAACGAAGGACUUUUCGAGCCAGUAAUUUGAGAAAUAGUAAGGAAUUCUGCAUUUUGAGUCAAUUGUCUGAAAAUGCAGGAAAUCAAGACCCAAAAGUUGAAAAAUACAAAACGUUUCUAGAGGUGGAAGUUCACCUCCUGGUAAAGUCCCUUUUCUUUUAUGUCCCCCCCCCCCUCCCCCCCACCCGCCGACUGACGAAUUCUUAAAAGACGCCCUGAAAACAAGCCAAUCCUUGCAAGAUAUUAACAACACGUUUUUGAAUACAUAUAUUUGUAAAUAGAGCAUUGGACUGUGUUAAGUAAUUCUUUCAUUGAUACCUUUCAGAAAGCGGUACCAAUUUCCUGUGCGUAAUACAAAAUGACUAAAAACGGCAAUAGUCGCAAGGCUAUAUUGUCCGCAUUUUACAACAUUUUGCAACGAAACUUCGGAAUAUUACUAAAUUAAUUUUGUGAUGCUCUUUCAAGCUGUUGUGAAAUUUUUGUCCAGACUUGUUGAGAUCAAAAUUUUGGUUAUUAGGUAAUAGGUCCAUUAGAGAUAGAUAUACGCAUGUUAUUUUAGACAAUGAAACAAUAGACAACUCCCAUUAAGCCUAAUUUUAAAACUAGGCAAGGAUGAUGCAAGAUGAUUACCACAGCUAUAGAAAGAGCAUACUAAAAUUAGUAAAUUUGCAACGUUUGGUUGCGAAAUGUUGUAAAAUGCGGAAAAUAUCGCCUUGCAAAGUUUUCAAAUUUUGUAUACUUUUGUAUGGCGUACGGAAAUUAGCCAUUCCGAAGUUGAUGAGUGGACUGGGGACGAGUGUUAAAAAGUGCCCAAAUUAAGAAAUGAACCAAAUCACUAAAAAGACCACCUCAAAAUUAGUAAGUAUACAAAGUUUGAAGACAUUUACAUGAAUACCCUUCGUAUAAUAAGCUUUCGAAAAUCGCGAUAUUUACUAUGAAAUGUACUGUAAUUUUUGUUUUUGGGGACGCGCGUCUAAAAAACAAUCUUUUAAUCAGUAAUUUUACAGUUUUCGAAAGCUUAUUAUUCGACGGUAUUCAUGUAAACGUCUUCAAACUUUGUAUACUUACUAAUUUUGAGGUGCUCUUUUUAGUGAUUCAUUUCUUAAUUUGGGCACUUUUUAACACUCGUCUCCAGUCCACUCAUCAACUUCGGAAUGGCUACAAUUUCGGCCCAAAUGUGGUAGGAAUGUGGUAGGAAUUUCCGCACGCAAUACAAAAGUAUACAAAAUUUGCGCAAUUUGCAAGGCUAUAUUUUCCUCAUUUCACAACAUUUCGCAACCAAACUUUGCAAAUUUUAGUAUGCUCUUUCCAGCUGUGGUGAUUUAUUUGCAUCUCCUUGCCCAGUUUUAAAAUUAGUCUAUAAUGGGAAUUGUCUAUUAGAGAGAGAUACGCAUGUUAUGUUCUUUCUUUCUGCAGAAUGUCUACGCACCUGAGGACGAUCCGAACAUGAAGAUUGAGUAUUAUGAAAGAAAUCAAGAACAAAAUGAAGAACUUGGUAUCAGUGAAGAAAUGAUUGCAGAAGAAAAAGAAAGGAAAGAGAAAGCUCAAAACUGA